CCGCCCCUCACCCGCCGGCAUUAACUUGGGCGCUUCACGGGAUGCGGAGUUUGCUCAGAAGAGAGAAGGUUAGUCAGUUUUACGGGACUGAUUACAUCUGCAAAAAUGCUCGAGGAUUUCUGCGCAACAUGGAAACUGGUGGAGAGUCGGAACUUUGACGACUACAUGAAGGCUCUAGGGGUUCCUUUUGCCACAAGAAAAGUGGGCAAUGUCACCAAACCGUCAAUAUUAAUCAGCGUGGACGGGGACAGAGUGGUGGUUAAAACCCAGAGCAAAUUCAGGGUCACGGAAAUCUCAGGCAAACUCGGAGAGGAGUUUGACGAGACCACACUUGACGACCGACAUGUUAAGUCCACCUUCACCGUGGAGGGAGACAAAUUUGUGCAUACACAGAGGUGGGACGGGAAAGAGACCAAACUGAUUCGAGAAAUCAGGAAUGGAAAGAUGGUGAUGACGUUGACAUUUCAGGGAGUCACAGCAAUCCGCACAUAUGAGAAGGACUAAAGUUUAAGGAAGGAGGACACCAUCUAUCCCAGCACAGUAAACCAUCAACAAGAGCUUCUACUUUUUACCUAAAAUAAAAAAUGUUUUUUUUGUUGUUUUUUUUUUUUUAAUAUUUCAAAUAAUGAUUUGCACUUGACUUCUUUUCAUUACAUAAACAGAUCCUUUUGUAUUCAUGGGGAUGCGUGAUAACCUAUAGUCUAUUAUCACUGCAUUAAAACCAAUAGACUGGAACAACAACAGCUGGAGCGAUACAAUUCCACACUCUGAAAAACAAGACUGGUCACAGUAUUACAAUUUCUGAUAUAUAACUUUCUAUAUCCUGAUCCUCGAGACGUUCCCUGUCCCAUUAUUUUGUGAUCCUGUGUAAGAUACUUGGAUAAUGAUCAAGGGCCUAAACUAUUUCUGACUCAUGUA